AUGGCCGACGCGAGUGCAAAAGCACUCGAGGCUUCGGUUUCUACCGAUAUUAUCGGUGACAAUAGCUCGCAAAAUUCUGAUAAGUUGCUUUCCGCCUUAGCUCAAAUGCAGACAAGUUUUCAAGAAGCCCUAUCAAAGCAAACGAACUCGCUACUCAAGUUUUUUGAUGAGGAUAAAGGGCGAAAGUCUGCGAGAAAACGUUCCCAUACUCAAGAUGAGUCGGACGAUUCAGACUUUGUCUCUGAGGCUUCAAAGAGAGCAAAACAUCCCUCAAAGACAGGGAAAACUUCAUCUGGCAAUGACCAGGAAGAAAAUGAGCACCAAAGGUGUCAAAGCCAAGAAACUGACCAUGAGGUCGUAGAAUUAUUUAUUCCGGGGAAAACUCUCAACAAAAUCGCGAUGUCGACGACACGCUAAGUCUUUUUGGCGGGCCGGAAUUUAAUGAGGACGAACAGGACAAUGAAAAUUUGGUUUCAUCAGAAGAUACAGGCCCGCCUAUUACCGAUAAACUUGCGAGCAUUGUAAACAAAAAGUUUUCCGACGAUGUUGAUUUAACAAAACUAAAAUCCAUCUUGAAUACACACAAGAAACCGGAAAACUGUACUGAACUUUUCGUUCCUAGAGUUAAUACAGAAAUCUGGCAUAAAAUGAAGCCCCAUCAAAGGAAGGCUGACAUUAAGUUUUCAAACCUUCAAGAUACCCUAAUCAAAGGCGUCUCAGCCUUGACGACAGCAUCAAAUGGUUUGCUUGUUUGCAGGGAAACAAAAACCCUGCCAAAUUAUAAAGAUCUUCUUUCACAAUUACUUGAUGCUACUGCAUUAUUUGGCCAUGUUUGCCAAAAAUUAUCCUUUAAAAGGAAAGAAACUAUAAAACCGAUACUUCAUCCAGAUUUUAAAUCGGUUUGCUCACGUACCCACAAAGUUGGGAGAUUAUUAUUUGGCGAAGACCUGCCCAAAGUUGUGCAGGACUUACGAGCCUCCACAAAGGUGGUGACAAAACUUACCUCUUUUGUACCUCAGGGAAACCAAUCUGGUACAAACAAAUCAUCUUAUACUCGCUCGCCUAACAACAACAACAAACAUUUUUUAUCACAGAGGGGAAGGAACCAAUACCCUCCCCGAAAGCCAUAUCAACAGAACAAAAAGACAUACACAAAGAAAUAGACAAAGUAUCAACACAGGUAAAAGAUUUUCCAAAAAUUGUUGAUGAACAACUUAAAUGUUACCUUGAAAAAGAAGUUUCUAAUUUUCAGGCUGGUCAGAUCAAAAAAUUUUCUCAUGAAUGGAGUAAAAUUACUUCAGACCCAGAUAUUCUAAGUAUGGUCCAAGGUGAUCAUAUCACUUUUGAAGGGCAAGUACCAGUUCAACACAAAUCAGUACACUAA